AUGGCUCCCGUCAUCAAGCUCAACAACGGCCUUGACAUGCCCCAGGUGGGCUUCGGUCUCUGGAAGGUUCCCAACGACGUUUGCGCCGAGGUGGUCUACAACGCCAUCAAGGUCGGCUACCGCCUGUUCGACGGUGCUGCCGACUACGGCAACGAGGUCGAGUGCGGCCAGGGCAUUGCCCGCGCCAUCAAGGAAGGCCUCGUCAAGCGUGAGGACCUCUUCAUCGUCUCCAAGCUAUGGAACACCUUCCACGACGGCGACCGGGUAGAGCCGAUCGUCAAGAAGCAGCUCGCCGACUGGGGCAUUGACUACUUCGACCUCUACCUCAUCCACUUCCCCGUCGCGCUCGAGUACGUCGACCCCUCGGUCCGCUACCCGCCCGGUUGGCACUACGAUGGCAAGAGCGAGAUCCGCCCCAGCAAGGCCAGCAUCCAAGAGACGUGGACCGCCAUGGAGUCUCUCGUCGACAAGGGCCUCGCCAAGAGCAUCGGCAUCUCCAACUUCCAGGCUCAGCUGAUCUACGACCUGCUGCGGUAUGCCAGGAUCCGCCCGGCCACCCUCCAGAUCGAGCACCACCCCUACCUCGUCCAGCCGGAGCUGCUCAAGCUCGCCAAGAAGGAGGGUAUCGCAGUCACGGCCUACAGCUCCUUCGGGCCCGCCAGCUUCCAGGAGUUCAACAUGGAGCACGCCACCAAGCUCACUCCCCUCCUGGAGGACGAGACCAUUAAGAAGAUUGCUUCCAAGUACGAGCGCGAGCCUUCGCAGGUCCUGCUUCGGUGGGCUACCCAGCGCGGCCUCGCCAUCAUCCCCAAGAGCAACAGCCCGUCGAGGAUGAAGGCCAACUUCGAGAGCGUCAACUUCGACCUCUCUGAGGAGGAUAUUGCCACCAUCUCUGCCAUGGACCGCAACAUCCGCUUCAACCAGCCGUCGAACUACUUCCCCACUGAGAUGCUCUGGAUCUUUGGCUAA